ACGCGCGGCGUCCGAUUUAGUUCCUACUCGACAUCAUCAUAGUUUCAAAGUCACGCACUCUCCUGAAUAACUAUCAUCGUCGAGGAAACACAGCAACGAAAUGCCGGCGCGCAACAAGCAACAGGAGGCAGAAGUUCUUGAAUGGAUUGAGGCUGUGUUAGGCGAAAAACUUCCUCCUGGUAACUACGAAGACAUUCUGAAAGAUGGUGUGAUUCUUUGCAAUUUAAUCAAUAAACUUGCACCCGGUUCGGUUAAGAAGAUUCAAACUAAAGGCACCAAUUUUCAGCUUAUGGAAAAUAUUCAAAGAUUCCAAGCAGCAAUUAAAAAUUACGGUGUGCCUCAAGAAGAAAUUUUCCAAACCGCGGAUCUCUUUGAAAGACGUAACAUCGUUCAAGUCACCCUCUGCUUAUAUGCGUUGGGUAGACUUACUCAGAAACAUGACUGGAACGGACCAAGUUUAGGACCCAAGAUGGCAGAAGAGAACAAGAGAAGCUUCACUGAAGAACAGCUUCGUGCCAGCGAAGGUCAUCUAAAUCUCCAAAUGGGUUACAACAAGGGCGCCAGUCAAUCCGGUCAUGGUGGCUUCGGAAAUACCAGACAUAUGUAAAUUUUUUAAAAGGGGAAAUUAUCAUAUGUCUAUAUCACAUAUUUAUAAUGACUGGUUAGGAGAUAUCAAUUUUAUUAUAUAAAAUAUAAUAAAAUUGUUGAAAUAAGUCGCAUUUUUCAACCGCGCUUAAAAUCUAAGAGUAAAAUAACACAGUUUAUCAUAUUAAACUUUGUUGCCGAUAUUUGUUUUUUUAUAGUUAUUAUUGGCAUAAAUAAGAUCAAAUAAUUUGCGUAAAUUUUUUUCUCACUAAAUUCUUCUCAAUAAAUAAUUAACUCUCUCAUCGUUGUGUGUGUGCUAAUAUAAUCUUUUGCAGUAUUUGAUAAUUCUAAAAACUGAUUAUUUUUUAUAUAGUUAAACUUUAAAUAUUUACUUUUUAUUUAACAUUUAACACAAAUUAUAUUUUGUUUUUUUUUUGUUUUCUUAUAUCAAAUAUCACAAAACUAUUGUAUUGCAUUACUAUUUUAACUUUCUAUACUUAGUCGCAACAAAAUAUAUUUUUUAUAUAAAUUUAUAAUAGUGUUUGCAUGUAAAUGUAAACAUAAAUUCUUCUUCUUAUCAUCGAAGAUAUCGCAAAAACGCUUUAUAUUUUAUACGUACACAAAACAAUACACAUAUCACAUUAACACUCACAUCAAAACAAAACUUUCAUUGUAUAUGCUACUUUUACACACAUACUUCACAAUAUACACAAAUAUUUUUUAUAGUGAUAUUAUUAUAAAAUUAAAUACACACAACAAUACAAACUAACAUUAAUGCAAACAUUAAAAAUGGACAUUUAUAUACACAUCACACAAAACUGUUAUGUCUGUAUACGUACAUUUGCACGUAUAUUUGCAACAUUUUACGCUACUUAUUAGAUGUAAUAACAAUGUACGUAGCGCGAAAAUGAUCUAGCAACACGAUUUUAUACUUAUAAAUCUAUAAUAUAUAAAGUAGAUUUUAAGUUUUUCAAUAUAGUUUUUAAGCGCAGCUUUAAUUUCACGUAAUAUUUUUUUGCAGUAUAUACUUACAUACACAAUAUCAAAUUACAGAUGCUAUAAAUUCGUAUCUGUCUAUCUCAUAAAGUAAUUGUUGCAUGUCUGCUCUUUUUAUAUACAAAUUGAUAAAUUUAAAUAAUAUAUAUUAUAACUUUUUAAAAUGUGUAUUAUGAAAGUAUGUACAUUUAUAAAUAAAUUUGUGAAAUUUAUAGUUAGUGUCGUAAGUAAUUAAAGCGAGGAAGUAACGAAGUAAUCUUAAAAACAAAGUGAUUUCAAAAAAAUCUAACAUUAGUUAGCCACUUUCAUAAAUCAAUGUUUAUGAUGAUUAUUUCACAUUCUCUUACACACUUUAUUUUAAUAAUAAAUAAACUUUUUAAAAUUUUAUAAUUAUCUUUCAAAUCAACAUAUACAUAUAUAUAUACGCGGAUAACCAAAUGACAUAAUAAUCAAUAUAUCUUUUGUGUGUCAACAUUAUCACAAAAAACUCAUGUCAUAAACGACAAAAAAGAUAAUCUAACGACAAUUCCAAGUUAGAUUAUAUUACCUAUAGAUAGGUAAUAAAAAGUAUUUGCGUUACGAUGCGAAAAAAGUAAGAAAUCGUUUAGUAAAUAAAAACAACUUGCUUUUUAUUUCAUUAAUUAAUCUGAACUACAUAAAUUCACAGUAAAAGAAUUAAGUAAAGAGCAAGUAAAAAAGAUUUUUGUGCAUCUCUAUAACUUAUCCUCCUUCGCACUCUCAUGUGUGUAUCUAUACACCCACACAGUGGUAAAAAUAGUCAUUGCUGUUUGUAAAUAAAUUGGAUACUUCACGAUCACACGUCAUUGCGACAUGCUUUUCUAAAUUUUUCGUGGAAAGGAGAGCGCACGCUUACGUGUUUCUGGCGUGGCAAAAUUUAAUUCAUAUAGUGUUGCUUUCCUUGGCAGAUCUGAGUGCCUUUCAGUUUAUUUUUGGAUCACCGUGGCCCACACGGCGGCCAUUGCUGGACUCGGGUCACGGUUCCAUAUCAUUUUAUUUCGUUUUGACUCAGUUUUUCGAAAAAAAAAACAGUUUUUAUAAUGUAGCUGUUUUAAAUGUUAAU